AUGGCAAUAGAUUUGGGUGUGCAAGAAUUAAUUGUGUUGGGAGAUUCUGAUUUGCUUAUCCAACAAGCUCAAGGCGAAUGGAAAACUCGAGACCUCAAGCUCCUUCCAUACAGACAAUGUGUGGAACAUCUUAGCAAAAGGUUCAUGUACAUCGAGUUUAGAUACAUCCCCAGGUUUCAUAAUGAUUUGGCUGAUGCCUUGGCUACUUUGGCCUCAAUGCUUCCCUAUCCGGGAAACACUUACAUCACCCCAUUAGAGAUUCAAGUUCGGGACCAACAUGGCUAUUGUAAUACAGUGGAAGAAGAACCUGAUGGUGAGCCAUGUGAUGCUGAAGAAGCCGAGAAAAUUAUGAAUGAAGUGCACGCUGGGGUAUGUGGACCACACAUGAACGGAUAUGUCCUUGCAAAAAAGAUACUCCGAACAGGAGUUGCACCCCAUGGCUGCUCGUUGGCCCUUUGUGCAUGGGGAAUGGAUGUAAUCGGACCAAUUGAGCCAAAAGCCUCUAACGGACAUCGAUUUAUUUUGGUUGCAAUUGAUUACUUCACCAAAUGGGUGGAGGCGAUAACUUUGAAAGCAGUCACUAAAAAGGCGGUCGUGGAUUUUGUUCAUUCAAACAUUAUUUGUCGAUUUGGUAUCCCAAGAGCUAUCAUCACAGAUAAUGCUGCAAACCUCAAUAGUAAUCUGAUGAAGGAGGUAUGCGAGCAGUUCAAAAUUGUGCACCACAAUUCUACUCCAUACCGACCAAAAGCCAACAGAGUUGUGGCGGCAGCCAACAAGAAUAUCAAAAAGAUUCUUAGAAGGAUGGUUCAAGGCAUUAGACAAUGGCAUGAGAAGCUUCCUUUUGCACUUUUAGGAUAUCGCACAACAGUGCGUACCUCGAUUGGUGCAACUCCUUAUUUGCUGGUGUAUGGAACUGAGGCUGUGAUUCCAGCAGAAGUCAAAAUUCCAUCUCUUCGAAUUAUUGUCGAGGCUGAAAUUGAAGAUAUUGAAUGGGUCAAAACCCGACUAGAGCGACUCGCAUUGAUAGACGAGAAACGAUUGACGGCUGUCUGUUUUGGUCAGCUUUAUCAGCAAAGGAUGGCUCGUGCAUACAACAAAAGGUGCACCCAAGACACUUUGAAGUAG